AGUUAAUAUCUCAUAAAACAAAUGAAUCUGUUAGUGGCAACACUGGUCCAUACGCACCCGAUAGGUUCAUUUUUGCGUCGGACGGUACGGAUCGGUGACAGUGAAGUGCUACCGCGACGACGCCGUUGUUCGUCUUGUCAAGGCAGGCCGCAGGUACCGUACAGUGUCAGUCGUCUGUCAGUGCUUGGACAGGUAGUUUAGGUUGCAACGUAUUCGGUCCGGGACGGUAUGAUGUCGAAGAUGCUUCUCCAGAACGCGGAUAUAAGCAAAGAUGAGCAGCUUAUCGCACUGGUCGAGAAGCAUCCGGUCCUGUACACUCAGUCCCAUCCGAAGUACAUGGAUACCAAGUAUAAGCUGAAGAUUUGGAACACCAUUGGAGCGUUCAUGGAGGAGGAAACAUUGGCCUGCAAAGCACGCUGGUACAACAUUCGCGAUAAUUACCGGAAAACGCUGAGGACUAGCUACACCCGAAGUGGCAACAGAAGAUCCAAGCAGUACAAAUACGCCUCGAAUCUGAGCUUUCUCGACAGUUAUGCCGAGGAGGUCAAACGUGCACACACUACCGUCAAUAUGGACGACCUGGACACUCGAUCAUCGUCACCUUCACCGACACCACCAGAUGAACCCCCGAUAGAAGCACCCACUGCGGGCUCAGAACACGAGGAUUAUAUAGAUGACAUCGUCAUGAAGAACGAAAUCAACGAGGGCGAAAUGGCAAAGGACCCACUCAAAUCUUCUACCUUCGACACAACAGCCGAAACGGCCGGAAUUCAACCGACCAUCCGAACGGUUCAUCGACCCUCGCUGAAACAGGGGGAUAUCGUUGAAAUUGCGCCAUCGUCAGGCUUUGCAACGGGCAGCGAAAGCUCGGAUCGGAUACUGGAACUGCUGGUGAAAAAAGUGGUCGCCACGGAUUCUCCCGAUCCGGUGGAUGCGUUUCUGGCGGGGUUAGCGCCGACCAUGAAGAGUCUGCAUCCCUACUAUCGGAACUUGGUCAAAACGGAAAUCUUCGCCGUUGUUCAAAAGUACGAGCUCAAGAUGUUGACCGAACCGCUGCCGUUGAUCUUCUCGAACCAACCGUCGGAAGCGUGAAGAGAUAUUUCUGUUUAGGGUAGACGAUGACUGAGAUUUUACUUUUAUGUAUUUGUACUUCAAUAAAGCAUUUUCAUUUACUUUUUCAAUCUGUA